AUGUUUGCCUGUCCUGCUCCAGCUGGAAUCUACCACUCAGGACUGCUGCAACUCCUCCUCCUCCUAUUGCUCGCUUUUAGCCAUUUCCGGCCAACUCAUGGAGAGGUCUUCACGCUCGGCUACCUCACAGCCUCGCAACGGCGACCGGGAAACCUGGACUACAAUCGACCCGGUCUUACCAUCUCGGGCGCCAUAUCGCUGGCGGUGGAGGAGGUGAAUGCAGGACGACUCCGGGAUCGUGGCCAUUCACUUCAGUUCGUCGUGGCCGAGACUUAUGGCGAGGAGGUGGUCAGCAUCCGGCAAACGGCCGCACUGUGGACUCAGCAGGUGGCCGCCUACAUUGGCCCUCAGGAAACUUGUGUUCACGAAGGUCGCAUGGCAGCCGCCUUCAACCUGCCCAUGAUAUCUUAUUACUGCACCCACCGGGAUCCAUCGAACAAGGCUGAUUUCCCCACCUUUGCUAGAACAAGACCGCCGGACACGCAGAUAUCCAAGUCCGUGGUGACUCUAUUGUUGGCCUUUAACUGGACGCAAGUGAGUUUUCUGUACUUGGACGACGCCAGUGGUCAAUAUCAACCUGUGGCCGAGACCAUCUUGAGUACGCUAAGUGAAGCUGGAGUCAGUAUCAGGGAUAUUCGCACAUGGAAUACCAUCUACCAUCAUGGGUUUAUGGACAAUCCCUUUGAGGCGCUAGUGGAGCAGACUUAUGCCAACACGAGGAUCUACCUAAUUCUGGGCCACUACUAUGAGCACGUUGGCCUAAUGAUUAGCCUUCAAAGGAGGGGACUACUUUCGAAGGGUGACUACUUCGUAGUGGGCAUCGAUAUCGAACAGUAUGAUCCCGCCAAGCCGGAAAAGUAUCUGCGUGGUCUUCUUAUGGAGGAUGUGGAGUCGAUAGCCGUGCAGGCUUUUCAGUCCUAUCUGGCCAUUGUUCCCACUGCGUCCGUCUCCUUUGCCACUUUUGCCAAUGAGGUCAACAAAUACAUGGAGCGACCGCCAUUCAAUUUCCCCAAUCCUCUGGGUCCCUUUGGUGGUGUAAAGCAGAUAAGCGCUGAGGCUGCGUAUCUCUAUGAUGCCGUGCAUCUCUAUGCCAAGGCCUUGAUGGAAGUUCUGGAUUCGGGCGGAAGACCAAGGAACGGCAGCGCCAUUGUGGCGGCCAUCAAGGGCUCGCGAUAUCGCAGCGCCAUGGGCUAUCACGUCUACAUCGAUGAGAAUGGCGAUGCGGCUGGAAAUUAUACAGUAUUAGCCAGAGGACAAGUACGGAAUGGUCGGAAUCAGACGGUGCUGGGUCUGCGACCCGUGGGAACCUUCAUCCAUCGGAACAGCAGCUUCAGUAGCAUCAGCAAGGCGUUGCCCGAUCUCAAAUUGUUUAGUCCCAUUGACUGGGUGGGUGGUUCGCGACCAGCAGCUGCUCCACGUUGCGGAUUUGGUGGCGAGAAGUGCGUUAAUUACACUGGCGAAAUUUCGGCGGCCAUUGCAGGAGGAGCUCUAUUGCUGCUCAGCUUGGUUUCCUUGGUCUUGUACCGCAACUGGCGUUAUGAGCAGGAACUGGACAGUUUGCUGUGGAAGAUCGACUUUCGCGAAGUGCAGAUUCAUGAGAACGAAAGGGAACAGCAAAGUCAAAAGCAGACGCGCCACUUGCUAAAUCACUUGCCGCGUCGUCUUCCUCCGCAGUCCACCCAUCCAUUGAUCCGCACCAGCCAGGUGAGCCUGAGUUCCAACCCAGACGCCGACUUCCGCUACACGACCAUCUUCACGCCAAUCGGACUAUACAAAGGUCAGCUUUAUGCCAUCAAAAAGGUGCGAAAGAAAAGCGUUGACAUUACACGCGAGAUGAAAAAGGAGCUCAAGCUGCUUCGAGAUGCCAGACACGACAAUAUAUGCGCCUUUAUUGGCGCCUGCACGGAUCCACCCAACAUUUGCAUCAUCAGCGAAUACUGCACCCGUGGCAGUCUUAAGGACAUACUGGAGAACGAGGACGUCAAGCUGGACAACAUGUUCAUUGCCUCCAUGGUGGCAGACAUUAUACGCGGCGUCAUCUAUUUGCACGACUCGCCCAUUCGAUUCCAUGGCGCUCUGUGCACUUCCAAUUGCCUGGUGGACUCCCGAUGGGUGGUCAAACUAACGGACUUUGGCCUCUUUGCCUUCAAACAGGGCAUCGAAGAUAGCUCAACGGAUAUGCAACACAUGUCGGCCAAGUGUCAGAAACUACUCUAUCGAGCUCCGGAGCUGCUGAGACAGGGUCCAUCCUCGCUGGUCAUGGGCACACAGCGCGGAGAUGCCUACUCCUUUGGCAUCCUACUCUAUGAGAUGCAUGUCCGUCGUGGACCCUUUGGGGAAACGGGUUUAACGAACAUGCAGUGCCUGCAGAAGGUUCUCCAGCCUCAGGAUCAACAGCAUCCUUACAGACCUUCUCUGCAACCACUGGAAACAGCCUUCGACUGCGUCAGCGAGUGCCUGAGGGAGUGCUGGGCUGAGAGACCAGAGGAUCGUCCAGAUUUCAAAACCAUCCGUACCAAACUGCGACCGCUGCGAAAAGGAAUGCGGCCUAACAUUUUCGAUAACAUGAUGGCUAUGAUGGAGAAGUAUGCCAAUAAUCUGGAGGCACUCGUUGACGAUCGCACGGAUCAGCUGCAGGAAGAGAAAAAGAAAACGGAUGCCCUGCUUCAUGAGAUGCUACCGCGUUGUGUGGCUGAUCAGUUGAAGAAAGGUCACAAGGUGGACCCUGAGCACUACGAACAGGUCAGCAUCUACUUCAGUGACAUUGUGGGCUUCACAGCAAUGUCCGCCGAGUGCACACCAUUGCAAGUAGUGGAUUUCCUAAACGAUCUGUACACCUGCUUUGACUCCAUCAUCGGCCACUAUGAUGUCUAUAAAGUAGAAACUAUCGGCGAUGCAUACAUGGUGGUCUCUGGACUCCCGCUGCGCAAUGGUGACCUGCAUGCAGCGGAAAUAGCCACCAUGUCGUUGCAUCUACUUAGUGCCGUCUCCGAGUUUAAGAUCCGCCACAGGCCUACAAAUCGCUUGCUCCUGCGGAUCGGCAUUCACUCGGGACCCGUUUGCGCCGGAGUCGUGGGCCUAAAAAUGCCUCGUUACUGUCUUUUCGGGGACACUGUAAAUACAGCUUCACGCAUGGAGUCCAGUGGUGUUCCCCUGAAGAUCCACUGCAGCUGGCAGUGCCGGCAGUUGUUGGAGAGAUUGGGUGGCUAUCACUUCCAAGAGCGAGGCGUCAUCGCCAUGAAGGGCAAGGGUGACCAACGCACCUACUGGCUGUUGGGUGAAGAUGAGGAGGCACGCACUCGGCGAACCUAUGAACGAUCCCAGAGGCGGGGAUCAAGGGCACUCAACAAGUUCAUUCAAGGCACCAUCAAGCAGGCCCAGGAUCAGGCCAACGAGUACGGGAUACGUUCCUCGCUUAAACAAAAGAAUCUGCCGCGAAACUCACUGACCCGUUCAUCCAGUCUUGAAUCGCCCAAGAAGCUGAGAUUUGCCGCUGGCAGUCUCCUGGAGCAUCAUCGCUAUCACAGUGACGAAGCCUUACUAGAAGUGGACUCCUACACGGGACUGCGACGUUCUUCGGGAGGAUCCACACAAUCUCGGUACGAGGAGACGACCCUUUCGCUGACUCUCUCCUGCCAAAGUAUUGAGGUCGUGGGUGGCCUACACAAUAAAAGGCGUCCCUCCUCAUAUCCCACUGCCAAUACGCCGCUGCUGAUGAACCAUGUGGAGGUCUGAAGCGGCUAUCUUAGUACUUAUUAAACCCAACUACAGGGAUCUUAGUGGAAUUUGUGUUCAGUAUGUUUAGCCGAAGUAUUUGUAUCGCUUUUAGUGUCGUACCAAGAUCCGCAAAUCCUUGGGAUCUGUAAAUGCAAUUGUGGUAAACUAUAGCAUCAGCAUAUUGUGAGAGUGAUUAUAAAUCUAGUCGUUGUUUAAACACAUUCAUGCGGUAACCUAAAUCAAACUAAAAUAGUCAAUAACCUAAACUAAAGUAUAUGAAUAAAAAUAUAAAGAUUAAAA